AUGAGCUGCAAUAAAGAGGGGGCAGUUGAAGAAGUAAGUUUAGACCCCGAGGAUGGGGAAGCUACUAACAUCGGUUUGGACGACCCCUGCUCACUGCAGGAUCUCAACCUGGACCCUGCCAUGGGAUCUUCACAGAGAAACCUAAGUGAGAAUGAGGUCGAGACUGAGGACAACUCUGAGUUUGACUCAGGGUCCAAGCAACAGGCUCAAGAAUCAGGGAUGGUGGUCUUUCGGGAUCAUGGAGAGCAGUCUGGCUCCUCAGCCAGAGGCAAAGGAGAUCGUAUGGACUGCUCGCCUCUUGUCGGUGACAAGGUUGAGGAUAAAGUGCAACAGCCAACCGACCAAAUGAACCAGGAUGCUAGAAGCCACUCAUCCUCAAAAAGCUGUACCACCCAACAGUCUACCACUUGGGCAGAUAUGGAGGCAGACUGCAGCAGAAAAGGCAAGCUGGGCAAGAGGUUGGGAGAUGGAAAGCAGUCCUCUGUGGCCCCAGUCCACCACUGGAAGCCCAAAGGAGGCAGGGCCUGCAGGACAAAAAAGAAAAAGAAAAUCACCAAGAGUAAGAAAACAAUCCCUGAGGAUGUCCACGACCCACCAUCUGACCCUGACUCGUCAUCAGAUGAGUACAACGAAAUGCAAGUGAUGAGGGUGACCAUUUGCUUCAAGAAUGGAGAACAGAUCAUAUCUGGCAAUUCUAUGGCUCCUGAAGACAAACCCAGAAAAAGAAAUGUCCAGCUAAGGGGCAAUUUUCAUCAUAUGACUGGCUCUCUGCAUAUGUCUGCUCCCAAGGGCCAUAUCUUGGGCAUGGGAAAGCUAGGGGCCUCUUGUUCUAACAGAAAAGCAUCUGUGUUCAGAGGCAAGGAACAGAGUAGGCCUCGUUACUCAGGAGCUGCUGCAGGUGCACUGAGGAAGUCCAGUCCUAAAAAGAAAUCAGCCCAGGAGAAGAAACCCCUACAGGAUACUCCAAGAGUCACUGGGCAAAGACCUGUCCCACUGUGGGGGCAGAGACCUAAGGCAGCUCCUGUGGAAGUAGCCACCUUUCCUCCAAUAACCUGCGUCCCUACACUUGAGAGUUCUAAAAAGCAACCCACAACACCUCUAGAACCCACUGAAUCCACACAUGGUACAUCCAGAAAGAGAGCAGUAGCAAAGAAUACAAGGGAGAGCCUGCCAGUGGCCAGAGGAGACAGAGGCCUUUUGUGUAAAGACACCAUGAAGAAUUCCACAGUGAUGAGCCCAACAUCAGAGUUCAACAAGGUUAAGGAAAUUGCCCAUGCCCAAGUUCCACCACCCAGGGCAGAGCAGCCUUCCAUGUGCAUGUACCGUGGAGAAAUGAGCAGUGGAGACUCCAACAGCAGAACACCUCAAGUUCCAGGAAACCCGCAGUUCUUUUCCUUGAGCCAAAGAUAUGCCAGACCCAGAGCACCUGCACCUGCUGGUGAACAGAGUCCACCUGUGGGUCCCAUACUCCCUAAUGAAGAAAGUGAGCAAGUACUACAAGGGACACCAGGCUGUGCUCAGUGUCAGAUGUUACAGAAGGAGAUAGAUGAACUCAAGGAACAACUAGGUAUGGCCUACCCUGGGCAGGAAGGAUCUUCAGACAGGGGAAGAGGGGAGCUUAGUGUUUGGGUGCAGGUGAUUAUG